CCGGAUCCCGGAUCCCGGAGCCGGGGCGGAGCGGGCCGAACGGGCCGAGCCAGCAGCCGAGCUGGGGGCGCGGGCGGGCGGCAUGUACCGGGCCCGGGCGGCGCGGGCGGGGCCGGAGCCCGGCAGCCCGGGGCGCUUUGGGAUCCUCAGCACCGGGCAGCUCCGGGACCUGCUUCAGGAUGAGCCCAAGCUGGACCGGAUCGUGCGGCUUAGCAGGAAGUUCCAGGGCCUGCAGCUGGAGCGUGAAGCCUGCCUGGCCUCCAACUAUGCUCUGGCCAAAGAGAACCUGGCCCUACGACCUCGCUUGGAGAUGGGCCGGGCUGCCCUGGCCAUCAAGUACCAGGAGCUACGGGAGGUGGCUGAGAAUUGUGCAGACAAAUUGCAGCGACUAGAGGAGAGCAUGCACCGCUGGAGUCCCCACUGCGCCCUGGGCUGGUUGCAAGCUGAACUAGAAGAGGCCGAGCAGGACGCUGAGGAGCAGAUGGAGCAGCUGCUACUGGGGGAGCAAAGCCUGGAGGCCUUCCUGCCUGCCUUCCAGCGCGGCCGCGCCCUGGCCCACCUGCGUCGGACCCAGGCCGAGAAGCUGCAGGAGCUGCUGCGGCGCAGGGAGCGCGCUGGCGCCGGCCAACCAGUCCCCUCAGCGCCCUCGGAGCCUCCCAAGGCCUUUCCCGCGGCUGCGGCUGUGCUCCCCACAGGGGCUGCCCGGGGACCGCCGUCAGCAGCUGCGGCUGUGCCCCGGAGCCUGCCCCCUUUGGACUCCCGCCCAGUGCCCCCGCUGAAGGCCUCCCCCGGGUGCCCUCUCGGCCCCGCUCCUCUGCUGAGCCCCCGGCCCUCGCAGCCCGAGCCCCCCCAUCGGUAGGAUUUAGGGUGCGGUCCCCCGGCAGGGGACCCAGACAAACUUGAUGCAGAGGGAGGAAGGGGGAACUCCUCCUCCUCUCCCCCAAAACUGCCUGGGUGGGGGGAGGGGCAGGCCCCUCCCCCCUGGCCUCAGGCAGGUCCCCCACCCUGGCCCUGGAGGCUGAGCUGGGGAGGACUUGGGUCACCUGGACACAGAGGGUUGGGGGGAUGGGCAGGUGUCAGGGCUUGGGGGGCACUGAGGCACCUCUGCCUUUUUUUUUUUUUUUUUUUUUUGGUCUCCCACCUUGGGACCUCCAGGGUGAUGGGCCAGCCUCCAUGAAAGAACUUUCGUCACCUUCUGGGGGGGGGAGGCCUGGGGCCCUGCUGCCCCACUCUGGGCUCGUACAAUGCCAACGCCAAGGCUAAGCAGGAGUGCUUUCCAUCAUAUCUUCCCCCACACCAUGUGGAGCCUACCUUUGCCACUCUUUCUCCCCCAUCCCCGAGUUCUGGGGCACACUAUCCUGGAGCCAGGUGGGCCGGCCCCAAUGAUGGGGCCUGUGUGCCCUGCUAGCUAGUUGACUCGCUUGCUGGCUCACUCACUCGUUGGCAUUCCGGACCCCACUGGGGCCAAGGUAGGGCCAGGAGCUUCUGACCCACACAGUGGGCCGUCUCCAGGAAGACUGUCCUGUAUUUUUUCUGUCCCCUCCCAUCUCCUUAGAAUGGAAGCUUUCCGAGGGCAGGUCCUUGUCUUUGUAUGUUCUGUCCCCAGCCCCAGCCCCUAGGGGUCGUGAAUAAAUGUGAUGAUGAGGAUGCCCGGCA